GGUUUCUGCACCCCCGCACACACUUUAAGGUUUGUUCCUCCGACAUGUGCAAUCUUGGUUCAUCGGAGAAGCCUCAGCAGUGUGUUUUUUUAGGUGAAUAGAAUCUUGUAAACAAGAACUUCAAAGAAACUUGCUUACGAAGAUAUGGAGAUGGGGUAUGGACCUUAUGUUCAUCCUGAACUUGAAUCAUUAGUCGACAGAAUUCACCCUCCGAGGGUUUGCAUAGACAAUGAUUCAUAUCAAGAUUGCACCCUUGUGAAGGUCGAUAGCGCGAACAAGCACGGUGUAUUGUUGGAGAUGGUGCAAGUGCUAACGGAUCUUGAUCUUGUCAUCUCCAAAUCGUACAUUUGUUCAGACGGUCGUUGGUUCAUGAAUGUGUUCCAUGUAAACGAUCAACUCGGCAACAAGAUUACCGACAAAAACCUUAUUCAUUACAUACAACAGUCAAUAUGCACAAGUAGGAGAGGAAAGACACAAGUGAAAACAAGAACAACAGGCAAAGAAAAACAUACGACACUUGAGAUGACAACAAUAGACCGGCCAGGGUUGUUGUCCGAGAUAUCCGCGGUAUUAGCCGAAUUAAAAUGUCAUGUUUCUGCUGCCGUGGCAUGGACCCAUAAGACGCGUGCGGCAUGCAUCAUCCAGGUCGAAGAUGACGCAAACCAUGGGUCCAUCAUGGACCCUAAAAGGGUGGACCAGGUUCAAGCGCAACUAAUGACCGUAGUUAAUGCUCAUCAUAUUAAUCACCAUCAGCCUAAUAAUGUGAGGAUAACGUGCCUGACUACGGUACCCACUCAUACUGAGAGGCGGUUACAUCAACUAAUGAUGGCUGAUAAAGACUAUGAAGAGGGUACGUUUAGUAGCACCCAUGAGACAAGUGUUACGGUUGAAAAUUGCCGAGAAAAGGGUUAUUCGGUACUAAAUGUCACGUGCCCAGAUAGGCCAAAGUUGCUGUUUGACACUGUUUGCACGCUGACUGACAUGCAAUAUGUGGUUUUCCAUGCAACAGUUUGUUCUAAAGGCUCUGUUGCUUUUCAGGAAUACUACAUAAGGCAGAAAGAUGGGCAAACAUUAACCUCAGAGACUCAACGACAAGCAAUCACCCGAUGCAUAACCGCAGCUGUCGAACGAAGAGUAUCACAUGGGUUGAGGUUAGAUGUGAGGAGUCGAAACAGGUCAGGACUACUAUCAGAUGUUACAAGGGUAUUUCGCGAAAACGGGCUGUCAAUUGCAAGGGCCGAGAUCAGGAUACACGGAGAGAAUGCAUUUGGGUCGUUUCAUGUAACGGAUGCUGCGGGUGGACAUAAUGUGGACCCGGUCAUGAUCGGGUCAGUGAAGAAAGAAAUGGAGAAGUUUAACGGCGUGGUUGUGGCCUCUAACGUGUCAUCAUCAUCGAGUAAUACCAACACAGAAGAAGACCAGACAAGAUCAUCACUAGCAACGUUGUUAUGGUCCCAACUCGAAAAACUUUCGAGCAAGUUUCAGACCCGGAAGCUGUAACCCCACAAGAGGUUCAGAUCAAAACUAGUUGUUUAGGAUUGUUUGUGGUAUUAUUAUUAUAAAUUUGUAGCAAACACAACAUUAGUCUUAGGAAGUGUUAAGUAUAUAUAGUCACACUGUCACAUAAUUAUAUGUCAAAUAGGUUGUUAUAAACAUAUGUAACAAAAUAUUAUAUGAUAUUAUUUUGUACAGUAUAUGAAUGUGUCGGAUAACAAUAUGUUAGUUGUUCAAAAUCA